GGCUGCGGAGGAUCUGAGGAAGAGAUGAGUCUGAGCAUCAUGGCCUUCACACUGGUGCUCCUGCUUCAGCUGCUCCUGGUCUCACUGACAUCUGCCUCUCAUCACAUUGGGGGAACCACGACCUACACCUACAGAGGAAAAACCCCUGAUGGGAGACAUAUUGUGGACUUUCACAACAGGGACACCUACGACCGCUGUUCCUCCUCACACUACUGGUCUUGUCACCAGGGUCAGUGUGGCUCUAAAGCCAAUAGACAGCAUGGGGUAAUAGACAACAGCACCAAUGCUCCGUCUAACGAAAGACUUUGGUGUGAAACUGAAACAGUUGAUACGAGAUACAUUUCCAGUGACAAACCUUUUCAAUUGAGGGCAGCUAGCUGUUGUUGGAUUAGAACGCGUAAUGCAGGUUCUUCAAGUUGGAGGCUACUGACUACUGUGGAUUUGGGAACCAGAUCUGACACCCAAGAACCCAACAGAUCACCAGACAUCGCCAUCCUACCUGUCCUAAGAGUUCCUCAGAAUUGCCCACGGACCUACAAGCUGACUACCUUUGAUCCUGACGGUGACAAAGUUCGAUGCCGAUACGGAAAUGUCAGAAAUGUGGAAUGUGGCUCAUGUGACCAACCUUCAGGCUUCCACUUAAAUCCGGACUCCUGCACGUUACAAUACAACAGCGCCAGUUAUGACUACAGAAGUUAUGCGUUUGAGAUGGUGGUGGAAGACUUUCCACGAGGGCACAUCACUCUUCAAUACUCAGACGGAUCUCAAUCCUCCAAGAGUGCAGCAUUGAUGAGGAAAAAGAGGCAGCUUUAUUAUGCAGCUGCAGCAACAACCACAACUCCUUGGUGGUGGUGGCAAACUACAACAACUGCAGCACCAACUACAACUCCGUGGUGGUGGUGGCAUACUACAACAACUGCAGCACCAACUACAACUCCUUGGUGGUGGUGGCAAACCACAACAACUGCAGCACCAACUACAACUCCUUGGUGGUGGUGGCAAACUACAACAACUGCAGCACCAACCACAACAACUGCAGCACCAACCACAACAACUGCAGCACCAACCACAACAACUGCAGCACCAACCACAACAACUGUAGCACCAACUACAACAACUGCAGCACCAACCACAACAACUGCAGCACCAACUACAACAACUGCAGCACCAACCACAACAACUGCAGCACCAACUACAACAACUGCAGCACCAACCACAACAACUGCAGCACCAACCACAACAACUGCAGCACCAACCACAACAACUGCAGCACCAACUACAACAACUGCAGCACCAACUACAACAACUGCAGCACCAACUACAACUCCUUGGUGGUGGUGGCAAACUACAACAACUGCAGCACCAACUACAACUCCUUGGUGGUGGUGGCAAACUACAACAACUGCAGCACCAACCACAACAACUGCAGCACCAACUACAACAACUGCAGCACCAACCACAACAACUGCAGCACCAACCACAACAACUGCAGCACCAACUACAACAACUGCAGCACCAACCACAACAACAACUGCAGCACCAACCACAACAACUGCAGCACCAACUACAACAACUGCAGCACCAACCACAACAACUGCAGCACCAACCACAACAACAACUGCAGCACCAACCACAACAACUGCAGCACCAACUACAACAACUGCAGCACCAACCACAACAACUGCAGCACCAACCACAACAACUGCAGCACCAACUACAACAACUGCAGCACCAACCACAACAACUGCAGCACCAACUACAACAACUGCAGCACCAACCACAACAACUGCAGCACCAACCACAACAACUGCAGCACCAACCACAACAACUGCAGCACCAACUACAACAACUGCAGCACCAACUACAACAACUGCAGCACCAACCACAACAACUGCAGCACCAACUACAACAACUGCAGCACCAACCACAACAACUGCAGCACCAACCACAACAACUGUAGCACCAACUACAACAACUGCAGCACCAACCACAACAACUGCAGCACCAACCACAACAACUGCAGCACCAACUACAACAACUGCAGCACCAACUACAACAACUGUAGCACCAACCACAACAACUGCAGCACCAACCACAACAACUCCAACUUCUCCUCUCAGUAAACUUCCCCUACAAUUCUCCCUUCUUGUGGACAAACCCGUUCCCUCAUGUCAGCCAGGACAAUACUUGCCUGAGUAUGUAAGCCCAACACCCCAAAACGGAGCACACAUUCAUGCAGAGGUCGACAUGGAGGUGGAGAUCAGAGUCAAAGCACAAUCUUCACUUUCAGUAAUACAGGACAUCAUCUUCAGCGGGCCACUGAAUACCAGAAAGCAUAGGACCACCCAUAACGAGUUUGUCAUUACAUGGACACCAACUUCAGACCACCUGGGAAAUCAUUACGUCAUCUGCUUUGCUGUAGAAUCAGUGAGCGGGUCUAACGUCUAUCAGUCCGACAUGAGGUGUGUAGUUGUGGACGUUGGCAAGAAGCAAGUUGAAGCCAAUGUGAUCUGCAGUCAGUCCACAAUGAGAGUGGAGAUUGAGAAAUCUUCAUUCCCCCGACUCAGCGAGGAUGAUUUACGGCUCAAUGACCCCUCAAACGUCCUCUGCAGCCUGAAGACUCAUUCCAACAGCACUCAUGUCAUCGGCAUCAUCCCUCUCAACUCUUGUGGCACCCAGAUCGAGGAAGAUGAGGAAUUCCUAAAGUUCAAGAAUGAAAUCACCACUUUUGAUAACAGCAACAACCUGAUCACCAGAACACACUUGCUGGAGGUUAAGUUCUACUGUCAGUAUCCCAAACGAGGGAACGUGACUCAGAGCUUCACAGCACACAGGAAUGCAACCACUGUGUGGGAGAAAGGCUUCGGCAAGUUCACGUACCAGUUUGAGUUCUAUCCCAACGUUCAGUUCCAGACCAUGAUCGACCCGCACUAUUACCCUCUGGAGUACGACUUAGGGAGCCGCAUCUACAUGCAGAUCGAGGCCACGUCUUCACUCAACAACACCGAGCUGUUUGUGGAGUCCUGCAGCGCUGCACCGUAUGACAACCCCAACUACAUGCCAGUCUACCCUAUCAUCCAGAAUGGGUGCGUAAUGGACUCGACUGUUGUCAUCCACUCCCCCGCCCACCAGAGACAGUUCAAAUUCAGCAUGGAGGCCUUCAAGUUUAUCGGAUUACAUGAUCAGGUGUACAUCAGCUGCUCAGUCCUGAUGUGUCAGGCAGGAGAACCCAACACCAGGUGCUCACAGGGAUGCAUGACAAUGAAUCAAGGCCUCGACAGGCGUAAGAGAGAGACUGUCAGCCAGACUUCAUCCCACCUUGUCUCCCAGGGUCCCCUGCGCAUGAGGAGGUCAGCAGAGAGAGCAGAAAGCCCAGUGAUGAACCUGAAUCUGAACCUGGUUUUCAUCGCUGGAUGUCUUGUUGCAGCCGUUGGCAUGAUCAGUGGAGUGGCCGUGUACAAAGCCAAAACAUCAAGGGUCAAAUACCAGCCUCUGCCCACAUUUGAGGAUUAAGACAGCUGCAUGUGCAUCUCUAUUAAUUACACAGGAAUAUAGUUAUUGGGAUUUUUUCUGGUAAUGGAUAUGGGGUCUUGUUGUGUCUUAUUAUGUACACUUCAAAAAUAAGUAAUUUUUUACUGAUACUCAUUCCGCCACAUGGUAUAGUCCACUGGUUCCCAACAAAACAAUUCUGUAUAAAUUACAUUGGAAUAUAUUGUACUAAUCCUUGAGGAUUGAGACAAAACCCUAAUUUUGGGUUACCCUAACCCUAACCCCUGUGGUAAGUUCUCAUUUCAGUUUCUAAAGUUGCUAAGAGUUCUCUCAAUGCUAAUCAAAACACAUUAAUAAACCAUAAACCUAAUUUAGUUCUGAUUUAAAAGGGAUAUGACUUUCUUGAAAAAUUGAAAGCUUGACGAUGCUUGAAAAACACCCUCUCCUCCCUGCUUUUUGAAACCAGGGGUCCUUUGGUUGUAGCUCACCUCUUUUUAUGCCUGACUAUUUUAUGUCUUUAGAAAAGUCUGACGAAGUUGACAAAAAUCUGUGACAAAACUUUAAUGGGUCAAAAUCUUCAUAGAAAAAUACAUCUAAUAUGUAGAUGACUAUAAUAGUAUUUUUUACAACUAUUAUAUCAGUAGGCAUUGUAGUUUUAGGAUUUUAUAUGCUUUUGAAACAUUUAAAUAAAUAGUUUAAAGUUUUAAAUGGUUGUCUGGGACAAGGUGUUUUCUGGCAGAAAUCGGAACUAAAAGGUGGUAUUACAUGUUCGUUUCAUCUAUAAAAAUCUUUUAGAAGAGAUUUUGAUUUAAAAAAUAGGAAUAAGCAUUUUAGUAAGUGGGAUUUUUAAAUUUGUUUGCCUGGGACAUGAUUUUUCCCAAUUCUCAAGAAUAGGUGAUAGUUAUUGCAUCUACGUGUUAAGAAUUAAAUCAUUGAAGUCAUUGAAGAUAUCCAUAACAUGCGGAUACACCUAUGUUACUGUGUACUCUCAUUCACCCUUUUUUGAAUAUUGACAUGAUCCUGAUACAAUCCCUCAUUCAAUAAAAUAUUAUUCUCUCACA